AUGCUGAGGUUUAUUUCAUUAUUUUUACAAAUUUCUUUGUACUUAUUUAUCAUAGAUUUUAGUUUUAUAUAGCAAACAAUUAGUGAUCUUGAGGUUAUCGAUGAAGAAUAGUCAUUUUACAAGACAACAAAUAAAAUUCAAUUAGAUGAAAAUAAUAGCUAUGGUUAUGAAUUUUGGUUCAAAUUUAAUCUAAUCCCUCAACAUUCUUACUAGGAAGUAUUUGAAGAAGAAUUAAUAACAGUUCGUUAUAACAACUAAGAAUAUAGCAAUACUUUUUUAAUUUUUUCUGAGUGGGAUUCACACUCUAAGUAAAUUACUGUUCUAUACUUCCUAUAAUAAACAUACUCAGGAUAUUGUACUCUCUAUGUUAUACUGUAUGUUUAGGAUUAAAAAUACAACUUGUUUUCAUAAUUUAUUGGGUAUUAAAAUUUCGAGGGAAGUUGGGUAUACACUCAUUUUGGUUUCUAAAGGAACACAAACAUAUUUUAAUGGCUUUACUAUUCUUCAGAAGAUAGAUUGAUCUAAGGGUAGGUUUGGCCAAUUGAUGGGGUGUUUUAAGAUUUAGCAGAAACCACUAAUAUAGUGGGCGGAAGUGGAAAAAUUUAAUUCUCGAAUUAAGAGCUAAAUCUUCAGAAAAUUAGAGGGAGGUUCACUCCUGUGAUUUUUACCAAGGGAAUUUUAUAUAAAGAAGCAUUGCCUUGGUACCUAGCAUAUAUUCAUCUUCCUGAUAUCUGUACUGGAGCUCUAUUUGAAAUUGUAUAUGGAAUUUAAUAUUUGGACGGGACAAAUUACUUAGAAAGAGUUAUGUUUUUGAAAGGCAAGAAAUUUAUUAUAAAAGGAUGGAAUAAGCUAAUUAUUAAAAAGAAUUAAUACUAAGAUUCACAUUUAUAAUUGAUGAGAAUUACUACUAAUAAAGUCUAUACAGAAAAUAGUAAUAUUGGAGAUAAGUUAUUUUAAUUAAUUUAUAUCCUGAAUACAGAUUUAAAUAAACAAUCAGGAAUUCAAGUGAAUGCUUAAAGAAUCACUAUUCCCUUUUUAUCCUUCUACUACGAUUCGUAUUUCAGCAGUUUUUUUUAUAAUGAUGAUCUUAUGUUAAAGAGGUUGUCUAAUUGGGUCUUCUUUAGUUUUGAAUAAGGUGGCUAAAAAUAAUAAUUAUUCAAAAUUUUCUUUACUUAUGAUUCGUUCAGUCUGUCGUUCGACUUCGGAAAUUUUUACUAUCCUUACACUGUCUACUAAUUAGCUGAUGUUCCACUUUAUAUCCUUAUCGGAGGAGAUAAAUUUUCAAGUCGGUUCUAUUAUUAGGGAUAUGUGUAGAAUUUAUACAUCUAGACCUGUCUAUCUGAAUAGGACUUGUAUUAAUAUUAUAACCCUUAGUAGGAUUAUUGCCAUCCAAUGUGUAAAACUUGUAAUGGACCUAAUUAAAAUAACUGUUUAACUUGUCAUGACUAUCAGAAUAGAUAAUAUUAUAUUGGUAAAAAUAUAUGCCUUUGCAAGUUUGGAUUUUCUGAAGUGUCAUAUUCCUAUAGCUGUAAAGACAUUUUUAGUCAGUAUAAGAAGGAAAUAUUAGGAGAGUAAUAAUCAUAAGAAUGCUAGAUAAAUUUAGAAAUGAACGGUCUGUAAAUAUGUUCGAGUUGUCCUGAGAUCAAUUAUAGAUGCUAUGAUUGUAUUUUGAAUCCUAAUGAUUGGAUUUCUAAUCCUUUGUGCACAAAAGAUAUUGUAUAUUCUAGUUUAAGCAGUUCAUCAAUGUUAAUAAACAAAAGAGAAUCUAAAGACUAUACACUUUAUACAUUAGAUCUUGAAUUUGGAUUUUCACUUUGCGAAGGUUGUGAAAGACUAUGUGUUGAAGAUGAAGUUGGGUGUAACCAUAUAUAAGGAAGGACUCAUUUAAACGAAAAGGUUAUGGUAAAAUGCAAAAAUGAGGGGUUUUAUUUUGAAGAUAACAGUUGUCAAAGAUGCAAACCAUAAUGUUUGAUUUGUGUUUCAUUAAAUCGUUGUUAAACUUGUUUGGAUGGAUAUUAUCAAAAAGACGGAGACUGUUUUCAAUGUCAAAAAGAAUGUACAAAAUGUUUAUAUAAUGAUUAAUAAAAAAUAUAAUGCACAACUUGUGUUGAAAAUUAUGGAUUGAUUCAAGGCUCCUGUUAAAAAUGCGGAUCACAUUGUAUUAGUUGUGAACAAAGCAUAAACAGGAUAAAUUAAAAUGUAUUUUUAAGAUGCUUGAUUUGUGAAGAUAAUAAAAAAUUCAUGAUAAGUUAUGAUUAAUUCAACUGCAUUGACAAUUAAAUUAAUCAUUGUAAUUAUGGGUUCAUUUAUUCAUCAAUUGAUCGAGUUUAAAAUACUUUAAUGUUAGAUUAAGAUUUUAUUACAUUAGACACUGCAGUUUUUGGAUGUGCAUAAUGUGAAGAGUAUUAUGAAUAUGAUAUUCAAAAUUAACUUUGUUAAUAUAAUUAUGUAGAAAAAUGCAAAUAAAUCAUUCUAGAUUAAGGACAAUAGAUAUGCUUAGUUUUUACAAAUUACAUAAUUAUUUUUCCAUAUUAUCCAUCCAGGGUAUAUGUCAAUGAUUUCGAGUGCGAUAGAUAAUUAGAUUAAUGUAUCUAAUGCUUAAAUCUUUCUAAUAUUUAUUAUUGUCUUUUUUGUAAAACUGGUUACUAUGCAGACCAGGAAGGCUUAUGCGUAGAAUGCCCAAAAAGUAUAAAUUGUAAAAAUUGCUAUAUUCAGUCAAAAAAAUAUAAAGAUAAUUGGAAAAAAAAUAUUAGAGCAACGUUUGAAUAUUUCUAUAUGAACUAUUAUGUAGAUUAGUCGUUAUUCACAAGGCUAAACUCUAAACCAGAUGAUGAAUAUGAAAUAUUGUGUUAUGAUUGUUGGGAAGACUAUGAGUUUUACAAUGGGUAGUGCAUUAAAGCUUGCGAUUGUGUUUCCUGUGUGAAAAUAGAUUACUAGAAUAUUUGCGAAGUCAGCCCCUACUCUCAAGAUUACACAUCUCUAACUGUAAUUGAGGGUAAAAUCAUCGAUUGUUCAACCUAUUGUUUGUUUUGUUUUCCAUUGCUUUAAGAAGAAAUUAGGCAGAUAAAUCCUUACUUUUAGAAUUCUGUAUAUUCUUACUAUUCUAAUAAAUGCUUAAUUCCAAACUCCAACUUCAAUAAUUUGGUUUAUGAUUCUUAUCUUAAACAAUAUAAAAAAUGCUAAACUCAUUCAAAUUGCUAGAUGGAAAUAACCCUCAACUAUUUCUUAAUUUGCCAAAAUGAACAGACAGAUCAAAAAGAAGAUUCUCCACUAUUGAUUACAAUAGAAUAGUUAUUUUCUAUUAGUAAUGGAUAGCGAUUUAAGGAAUUCCAAAAUUAGGUUUUUUAUGAAUAUGCUAAUGCCCAAAUGAUAGAAAAUAUCAUCAUAAAUAUUGAAGUUUAAGACUCCAAGUAAUGCUUAUUACCUCAAUUGUCUUAAUUGAGUAACGAAUUUUUUACAAACAUUUUCUCAAUCAGAAAUAUAAAAUUACAUUUGUUCAGUUAAAACUCAGUUGAGUUUGUUGUUAAUGAGCUUAGUAUAUCAAGUUUCUAAUAGAUCCAGCUUGAAAAUAUAUAAUUUAAACCGUAUUUUCAGAGAGCAUUCAGAUUAUACAUAAAUUCUUUAAUAAAACAAUAAAUAAUCCUUAAGAAUUUAAAUUUUACUAAUUAGAAACAAGUAAAUUCAUUCUAAAUACAAAUUAUGUAUAUCAAUAAUUUAGAAUUACAUAACGUUAGAUUUAACGAGAUAGAGACUAAUUAUUCUUAUGGAUUAAUAUAAAUAACUCAAGCCAAAUCUAAUAAACUUUAUUUUAAAGAUAUAAAACUAUUAAACUCCAUAUUAUUCCAAUCUGUUUUCCUAUAUUUAAAUUAUGUUACACUUUCAGAAAUCAUAUUUGAGGAUUUAUAAAUUGAAACUGAAUUUCAAUAUUCCUCAUUGCUCCAAUAUUUUAAUUCAAGCGAAAAUGAUAUUAAGAUGUCUUAUGUAUCAAUUUAGUCAAAUUUAAUAAAUUGUUAACUAUGGUUACAUUUUAUGUAAUAAAAUAAAAUAGAAUUAAAUCAUUUUAUCAUUUAGUCGUCAUACUUUGUUUAAACUAAAUUACUUUAUUUAAGAGAAAAUACCUAAGUUUCUGAUAUCUAAGCUUUUCAAAAUUAAUUUUAAGAUCAAUCAAUUAUAUUAUAUUUUAUUAAUGGAUACAGUGAAGUUAGUACAAAUCAAUUAACUAUUAAAAAUGUGUUGUUCUAAGAAAAUUUAUGUUAUAAUAACUAUUGUCUAAUAUAUGCAGUUCAAGAAGUAGAAGCAUCCCUAAAUCAAAUUUUAUUAGAAUAAAUAUAUAUUUAUUUUAAUUCUAGAUUAUCUUAAUGGAGUGUUGAAAAUGUUGAAGAGUAUGAAACCUUAAUUUAUUUAUCUCUUAAAACCAUAAUAAUAGAUGAUUUAGAAUUGAAAGGAGACUUUAUGUCUUAAUUAGAUAAAUAAAUUCCAAUCAAUUAAAUUCACAUCAAUAAUAUAGUCUCACUUCAAAUUACAUCGAUUAAAAUAAGUAAUAUAAAUCAACCAAGUGCCUCAUAUUUGUACCAAUCUUAUAAAUGUUCUAAGUUAUAAUAAUCAUCUACAAGUAGUAAACCUAUACUAAUGAUUCAAUCAUUCCAGAAUCUCAAAUUAAAUUUUUUCGAUAUUUAUAACGUCGUUAAUUUCAACGCACCAAUUAUCAAGAUUUUAUCAUAAAAUUCAUAAGUUUAAUAGUUGGAUGAGAAGAUACUUAUUCAAAAUAUUAAUUUCACGUCCAAUUUACUAUUAACUACAUAAUAUUUUAACUCUAAAUCAAUUCUAGAAAUAUCAAGUCAAUAGAAGCAAAAUAUUUAAAUAGAAAAUUUCAUAUCAUCGUAUAACAUCCUACAUGAAUACAUUUAAGAUUAUAGCAUAUCAUCUUCAAAUGUAUUACUAAUAGAAUCUCCGUAAAGUGAUAUUACAAUGAUCAAUUCAUAUUUUACAAGCAAUACUGUUAUUAAUUCGAGUAAUACUCAACUCUAAAUUUUUUGUAAUACUUUGCAAAUUAUUAAUUCAACCUUUAUAAAGCAUAAUCAGAUGGAUUAGAGUAUGAUUGAUGUAAUAUUUAAUAAAUAGUUUCUUAAUGACAUGGAUGUUAAGUAUUUUGAAUAACUUUAAAAUUAUUUUCCAAUUAUUUCUUAAACAGGAGUUGGUGAAUUUCAUUUUAGGAAUCUCAUCAUCUAAAAUAUAGAGAUAAACUCAACAUAGGGUUAUUAAGGUGGAACAUUCUCAUUAUAUCCAAAAAAUCAAGGAGUAAUAUAAGUAUCACAGUCAAGAUUUAUCAAUAUAAAAUCCUAAUUUUCACUUUUUGAUACUAAAGGAGGAUGUUUUUACAUAUCAUUGCCUUCAUUUGAAAUAGAUAUUGUUAUUAAAUAAUGCACUUUUUCCAAUAUUUGGACAUAAAACUAUGGAAGCAUAAUUUUUGUUGAAUCGGUUAUUGAUCAUCUUAUCAGUCUCAAUGUAGUGGAUGUUUUCAUUAAAAAUGCUUUUAGUUUGUAAGGUUCAGUCAUCUAUUUGAAGUAAAACAAAGUUGAUUUGAAUUCUAUAAAUCAAUUAGUAUUUUAGAAUGUUGAAAUUGUAUAGGAAGAGGACAAUUUUGUUGGCUAUUUAGCCGAAUACAUGACCAUACCUGAUGAUUAAUAGAAUUAAUUUUUAGAGAAUAGAAGUCUAAUUUAUUCAACUUAUUCUAAUGUAUCUUUAGAAAAUUUUACAGUAUUGAAUAUAUUUUAAGAAAUGAUAUUAGAAUGUAAUUAAUGUGAGAAAAUUUUAAUUAGAAAUUUAUUCAUUUAUAAAGCCAAAGAGACAUUAGCUCUAUUUUCAAUUAUUUCAGAUUAGAACUAGAUUUAUAUUUAUUUUUCUAACAUUUAAUUUCUUAAUGUUAAAAAUUAAAUUGAACUCUUUACAGAUUUAAAUUGUAAUUUAAAAAAAGAACUUGUUAAUCUUGAAUCAGGUUGUUAUUCUUAAAAUCAAAAUGAAUAAGUUAAUUUAAAGAAUAAUAUCUUAUUUUAUUAUGAUGAUGCCUAUUUAUAAGUGCUUGGGAGGUGCAAUUUCAACAAUAUUUAAAGAUAAAUCUAAAAUUAAUAAUCAUUGAUACAUAUAUCAAUUUAAUCAACAAUUUAAUAAUAGAUAAAAUUUGUAAAUUGUUUAUUUGAAUCAAUCUAAGUUUCAAAUGCAAUUAUUAGAGUAGCCAUCUAAACUAUUCCGCCAAAUUUUAUUAAAUUAAAAUAUAUUUAUAUUUAAAACAAUUAAUGUGGAUAGAAUGGAUGUAUUAUUUUGGAAUCAAAUAGAAAUUAACUCAGCAGAUUACUAUCUGAAGAGAUUGCAAAAGAAUUUGAAAGAUUUGAUUCUCAAAUUAAAAUCGAUUAAUUGUAUUGUUAUAAUAACAAAGCUUCGAAUGGAGUUUGCUUAAAUAUUUAAAACUUAUCUGUAUACAUACUCCUAUCCUAGUUUUAUAAUAAUACAGCAUCUGAAUAUGGAGGAAGCAUUUACUUUAAUUCUAACUCACCAGGAUAAUAGUUGUUAUUUAAAUUUUGUCAGUUUUAUAAUAAUUAAGCAUUCAUCGCUGGCGCUAUUUAUUCGAAUAAUAUUAUUAAUAACAAAUGGAUAAAGGAAUAUAAUUAUUUGGAUAAAAAUGGCUGUAAAUCCUUUGGUUCUACUAUUGUUUAUCCCCCCAUGAAAUUAGGGGUUACUUUUGAUAACUACAACACUAUCUAUUAUCCAAUAACAUUACAUGAAGGCUAAAAUAUUAAAAUAGAUCAAAUUUAAUUCAAUAAAAAAUUGGAAUAAAAUUAUUUUAAUCUUCCUAGUGGGUGUGUGUUAAAUUCAUAUUAAACUGUAACAGAGGAUAACCUAUAUAUAAACAACAACAUAACUUUUCGUUUAAUCGGAUUCGAUUCGAAUGAUGAAAUUAUGAAAAACCUUGAAGAUUCAUCUUGUAGCAUUUACGACAGAAUCGUUGAUUUGCAAAAGGUAGAUGAAAUAUUUUAAGUAUCCGAACUUGUUUCGACUUCAGUGAACAUUAAAUCUAUUAAAUUUAAUAACAAUUCUAAAGAUUAUAAUUUAGAUACUGUUGUAUUGAAUAGCAAAGCAAUCAAUAAUAUUACUAAUACUUUACAGUUGAUCUUCUUUUGUCCAAGCAUAUAAACAUAAAAAGUGAAUUCAGAAUAUCCUUAUAAUAUCAUUUCUACUCACAGUCAAUAUUACUUAGAGAUCAACAUUGUUACAUUAGGUUGCCAACUAGGUGAAAUUUAAAAUCAAUUGACAGGGGCAUGUCAAUAAUGUGAUGCUUCUCAAGGAUUUUAUUCAGUUUUACUUAAUUAAAUUUUAUGCGAUGUUCAAGAUGACACAACAACUGCAGAAGUCAAACCUGCAUCCCUUAAAUUACUCUAGGGAUAUUGGAGACCUGAAUAUGACAAUAGAUACAUUACUUAAUGUUCCAAUAAGGUAGAAAAUUGUAAGGGAGGUUGGGAUGUAGGAUAUAAUUCCUGUGAGGAGGGAUACUUUGGUGCAUUAUGUGAAUAAUGUGACAUAUAUAAUAUUAGAGGAGAUGGUAGAUAUUCAAAUACAGAAUCUUAUUAAUGUGGAGAAUGCCAGCCAGAUUAUUAAUCUGCUCUAUAUGCUAUUCUAUUGAAUCUUUGGAAUUUGUUUUCUAUUAUAUUCUCUGUCAAAAGUUCCUAGACUUCAAUUUUAAAUUAAGUGAAUAAAAAGAAUCAAAUUGCUGUAAGUACCUUUCUCAAGAUUUUUAUCAAUUACUUCUAACUACUAUUUGUAGUGUCAACCUUCCAAUUGCCAAUUCCUUAUUAGAUAACAAUAUUGUUAGGGUUUAUGGGAAAUCCUGUUAGAGUCAUCUCUUAUUCUUUAGAUUGCUCUUUAGUAGAUAAAAUCGCUAUUGAUAUCAUUUAUUUUAGGAUGAUUUAGUAAAUCUUAUACCCGUUUAUUUAUCUCUUUAUUAUGUCAACAGCCUAUUUAAUUUACGCUUUAUACACGAAGAAUAAAAUCAAUUUUAGUUAUUUCUAUAUAGCCAUAUCCUAUUUGGUGUUGUAUUACAGUCCCUAAAUCUUGAGUAGUUUGAUUAACCUAAUGUCUUAUAGAGUAAUAUCGAACAUCAGUUGGGUGUAAGCAGAUGUAUCGUUUUAAUAUGAUACGUAUAAGCAUUUCUAAUGGAUUUAUAUUUUAUGCACUCCUCUGCUUAUAUUUUUGUUGAUCUCAAUCAGUAGUUUAUUUUUCUUACUUUUCAAAAAGCGAAACAAUUUAAAGAAAAUUAGAUCACUCUUAUAUUUGGGAUACUUGUAUUUGGAGUAUAAUACAGGUUCUUAUUUCUGGGAGUUCGUUAAGUUAAUGCUUAAGAUAUUGAUUGUAGUGGUUUUAACAUUUUUGCAAGAAAGAAUUAUCAUUAAAGGAUGCAUUUGCUUUUUGAUACUUGCAUUAUAUAAGUCAUGUAUUUCAAGGUACAAACCUUAUAAGUUGAGAAAUAUCAAUAAUAUAGACCAGUGGGCAUCCUUUGUGUGUUUAGUGUCUAUUUUACUUGGAAUGUUGCUCCGUGUGGCCUAUGAAAUUUAAUUAGAUAUCUUCCCACAAAUUAUCUAUUUUUUCUUAGCCUUUCUUAAUAUAGCCUUUACAUUGUAUUUAUUAAAUUUGAUAUUUCAAUCUUAUAUGAGACAAUAUUCAGAAUAAUUAGACGAAGUAAAAGAAUUUAUUAAGAGAACAUUUCCUUAAUUAGAUAAAAUUAAAUUGUGCAAAAAACUAUUAUAAAAUUCUUCUAUAGUGAGGAAUAAAGCAAAAAUGGAUUUGAAAAGGAUAGCUUCAAGUGUAAUUUAAAAAAGUCAGCAAUUUAAUAAAUCUAAGCUACUAAUGUCUAAGCAGUAAUAAGCAGCAUCUAUUGAAUCAAGAGUUCAACUGUAAACAGUCGAUGAUUAAAUGAAAACAAGCUUAUAAUUACUUUAGAAAAUUGACUUAAGAAGAGCAUUUUUCCAUAGACAAAGCUUAUAAAAUAUUUAGAAUGAAGAAACUUGA